AUGCGCGUUUUUGGGUGCCAAGCAUACAUCUUGACCCCGAAGGAGAAACGACUCAAGUGGGAUCCCAAGGCCCGGGCUGGAUUGUUUUUGGGCUACGAAGAAGUGUCCAAGGCGUAUCGAGUUUACGACAUCGAAGCGGGGCAGGUGAUGAUAAGUCGCGAUGUCAACUUCGAUGAGUCGGCCUUUGGAAUGUCGAUGCUGAUUUCCGAUGACGAUGUUGAUGGCCUGGACUUCGAAUCGAUCGAUCUUGAUGAUGAAGAACCGCGUCCGAGACACUUCAAACAAACAGGAAAGCGCAAGGCCCAACCCAGUCACGACAAUGACGACGCAAGCAUGCCCCGAGCAGUGCGCCAACGACCCGGAUUGGAAGAGUCAAGUGCGCCGGAUGACCUCUCUUCACGUCGAGCCAACGAAGAUGAAGAAAGGAAGUCGGAGGAACAACAUGACACACGGACUUCCUCCGCGUUUUGGCAUGCGAGUGCAAACGCCGUCGAAGCAGCGGUCGAUUUUUCGGAGCCAUCGACAUUUGAAGAAGCAGUGUCUGGCCCGGACCAAGUACACUGGCGCAAGGCAAUUGAUGCGGAGCUCGAUUCGAUGAAGCUUCGCGGUGUCUUUCGUGCGGCCAAGUUACCCAACGGACAAAGCUCCAUUGGCACAAAGUGGGUCUUCAAGAUCAAGCGCAAGGCGGAUGGGUCGAUCGAGAAAUACAAGGCACGACUUGUGGCCAAGGGUUUUCGCCAAAAGUAUGGCAUCGACUACACGGAGACGUUCUCGCCCGUGGUCAAGUAUCUCGAUGUGGUGACUGCGUUCCUGUAUGGAGUGAUGAAGGAGAAGGUGUUCUGCGCUGUUCCGGAAGGCGUCAAGAUGGAAGGUGAUUUCGACUGUCUCGAGCUGAUCAAGGCGAUCUACGGUCUCAAGCAAGCCUCGCGUGUUUGGAACGAGACCUUCGACGAGUUCAUACGAUCGAUUGGUUUUCAAGCGUCGGGAUUCGAUCCAUGUCUCUACAUCAUGACUUCGGAAGGCCAUUGUGUUUUUGUGCUGGUCUACGUGGACGAUGUCUUGGUGACUGGAAGCUCGCUCGAGAUGAUUGCGCGCACCAAGAACGACCUCAAGACACGCUUCGAGAUGACGGACAGCGGCAAGUGUGCGUUUGUUCUUGGGAUCGAGUUAUUGGACGGUGAAGAUGGUAGCGUGACUAUGUGUCAGCGCCGUUAUGUCGACGAUGUCCUCAAGCGCUUUGGAAUGGAUGAGUGCAAGGCUGUGGCAAGUCCGGUGGACGUCAGCUCUCGACUGGUUCCAAGCAACUCUGCAAGCAAGGUGGAUGUCCCAUUCCGUGAAGCAGUGGGUGCUUUGAUGCAUCUGACGACUGCAACGCGACCGGACAUCGCCUAUGCUGUAAGCUUUGUGUCACGGUUCAUGGAGAAACCCCAAGAAGAACACUGGGUUGCAGUCAAGCGCAUCUUCCGCUACCUACAAGGCACCAAGAUGCAUGGAAUCUGCUACAAGCCAAGUGCGAAGAUCGACUUUCGUGGCUAUUCAGAUGCAGACUGGGCCGGUGACCUUGCUGAUCGCAAAUCGACGUCCGGCUACGUCUUCAUGCUAUUGGGUGCUCCGGUGAGUUGGGGCAGCAAGAAACAGCCAAGUGUGUCACUGUCUACAAGCGAAGCGGAGUACAUCGCGCUCAGCCUGGCGAUCCAAGAAGGCAAGUGGAUCAAUCGCUUGUUGUGCGAGAUCAUGGCGGCUGCAAACGAAGAAGGACCCGAGCUCGUCAUCCGUGAAGACAACCAGUCGUGCAUCAAGAUGACGAAGAAUCCGGUCAACCACGGCCGCGCUAAACACAUCGACAUCAAGUACCAUCACAUCCGUGAUGAAGUCAAGCGCGGCGAAGUGAAGCUUGAAUACUGCGAGACGACGUUGAUGUUGGCGGACAUCAUGACGAAGGGACUUCACGGACCGCGUCACAAGGACUUGACGGCGGCGCUUGGCAUCCGUGCGUGUUCGGAUUGA